AUGAAGAUUCUCAUCACCGGAGCUGGAGGUUUCGUCGGCCAGAUGCUCGCUGAGCAUCUCCUGAACGAAAACCACAAAGUCAUCCUCGCAGACAUUUUCGAGCCUCCAAUUCCCUCAGCCGCAAAGAACCAGCAGAAUGCCACGACAAUCAAAGCAGAUCUCUACGACUCCCCAGAAGCCGUACUUUCCAAAGACCUGGAUGCCAUCUACGUCUUCCACGGCAUCAUGUCAGCAGGCAGCGAGUCCGACUUCGAUCUAGGAUAUAGAGUGAACCUCCACAGCACCAUCAAUCUCCUAGAAGCCGUUCGAAAGAUUUGUCCCGGUGUGAGAUGGAUCUACAGUUCUUCCACCGCAAUCUUCGGACAACCGCUCCCUGAAGCUCCCAGUGAGGCGACCGUCCCAACUCCUCAAGGAUCCUAUGGAACUCAAAAAGCCAUGAUUGAGUAUCUCGUCAACGACUAUAAUCGUCGCGGAUACAUCAAUGGCUUCACGCUUCGCUUCCCUACCAUUUCCGUACGCCCCGGCAAACCCACGCAAGCUGCAAGUAGCUGGAUGAGCGGUAUUAUUCGAGAGCCUCUGCAAGGCAAGGAGAGUAUAUUGCCUUGCGAUGACGACUUCAAGGCAUGGUUAUGUUCGCCGAAGACUUUGGUUCGGAAUUUAUUGCAUGUGUUGACUAUCCCGAAUGAUGCAUUGCCGCCACACAUCAGGCAGGUUCUGCUACCGGGAAUCACUUCGACUGUGAGAGAAAUGUUGGAUGCACUGAAAGAAGUCGGAGGGGAAGAUGCUGUCAAGUUGGUGAAGCGAGAGAAGGCAUCUCCAGAUAUCAAAGCCAUGCUUGACAGCUGGCCCAUUACUUUUGAUGUCUCGAAAGCUUUGGGCUUGGGCUUCGUUGCGGAUGAUAGCUUCAAAUCGGCGGUUCAAGAUUUUGCAGAUAGCUUGAAGCAGUAG